AAUUCUUACUAAUAGAGGGCUCUGAUAUUGAUUUGUAACUUGGGUUACAAAGUUUUUGAAUGUUUUACGAUAAAUUUGAUCAUCUGCGUGAGUGAGCUAAGUAUCUUUUGCUUCAAGUACAUUUAUUUCCGAUUCAACUGUCACGAGACUCACAAUUUUGUUAAUAUUUCGAGUCUGGACAAUUCUAGGAAAUGAAGGAUUGUCAACAUGAUUAACCUUUAACAAUUGUUAGUGACUGCUAUUGUCUAUAAAGUUCGGACGUGCUGGAAAAAUCGAUCAUUUUAAUUGAAUCACCAGUAUGGAUAUACCUAGUAUAAUUACAAGAAAAAGAGAUGGUCAAAUUUUAUCUGAUGCACAAAUCAACUUACUGGUAGAGCAUGUUGCUGAUCGUAAAAUUCAUCCCGUGCAACUUGGGGCUUUUCUUAUGGCUGUGUUUUUAAAAGGCAUGAAUAGAGAUGAGACCAUUAGCUUGACCAAAGCCAUGGUGAAGAAUGGUGAGACACUUAAAUGGCCAGAAGAGUGGAGUGAUUUAGUAGUUGAUAAGCAUUCUACUGGUGGUGUUGGUGAUAAGGUCAGCCUACCAUUGGCACCAGCUCUAGCCUCUCUUGGUCUUAAAGUUCCAAUGAUAUCUGGUAGAGGACUUGGUUUUACAGGUGGUACCUUGGAUAAACUAGAAUCCAUUCCAGGAUUUAACAUUAACUUGACCUCUUCAGAAAUAUGCACCAUUGUUGACAAGAUUGGCUGUUGCAUUGUGGGCCAGACAGAAAAAAUUGCUCCUGCUGACAAAGCAAUGUAUGCUGCAAGAGAUGUAUCGGCCACCAUAAAUUGUAUUUCUCUCAUAGUAGGCUCCAUAAUUGCCAAGAAAGCUGCUGAAAAUCCUAAAGCGUUAGUUUUUGAUGUAAAAUGUGGAAUUGCUGCCUUCAUGAAGAAUGAAGAGGAUGCACAAAAAUUAGCAAAAUGGUUGGUGAAUACAGCUCAAGCUCUUGAUAUUAAAACUGUUGCUGUAUUGACAAAGAUGAAUGAACCCAUUGGGAUGAUGAUUGGCAACUCUGUCGAGGUGAUUGAAUCUAUUCAAUGCUUAAAGGGAAAUGCACCCAAAGAUUUAGAAGAAUUAAUUUGCACCCAAGGUGGAAGUUUAUUGCUAGCCAAAGGAAAAGUAGCUAAUCUGAAAGAUGGGUAUGAUGUGGUUCUUCAGACACUGAAAAAUGGUAAAGCCUUAUUAAAAUUCAAAGAAAUGCUGAUUGCCCAAAACGUUGAUAAAGCUCUUGCUGAAAAGUUAUGCGAACCAGGUGCAAAUCUUUGGGAGUUAUUGCCAUUGGCAAAAGAAUGCACUAAUUUAAUUGCUGAAAGCAGUGGAAUAGUUCAUUCCUUGAAUGCACUUGAUAUUGCCAAUGUCUUAUUGGAACUAGGUGCUGGAAGGUUACAUCCAGAUGAUUCUGUUAACCAUGGUGUCAGUCUAGUUCUCAAAACACACAAAGGUGCUUCUCUUAAUGAGGGUGAUGUUUGGGGUGUGGUUUAUCAUGAUGAGGAAAUAACAAGUAAUCAAUUGUCAACUUUGAAAAAAUCCUUGAGUAUUGGAAAUGGAGAGAGAAAUGAAAACUCAUACGAAAGUAGAAUUAUAGAAGUCAUUAAACCAACAUCAUGAAAAUUAUAAAGACAAUUUGUAAAAGUAAAUUUUCUAAUUCCAAUCAUAUAAUUCCUAGGCAAAACAAAUUAAACAAUUCUUUUAAGUUUGCUUUCUUUAA